UGUCGCAUUACGGUAGAUGUUUACGACAGUAGAGAGACCGCGUUUGCGGCAGCAUCAUGGCAGCGUACGGUGUGAGUUUUGAGAGCGCAAACAGCAUUAAAUCUAGAAAAGAGUCCAAAAGAGAAGAAAGAGAGCACGUUUUACAGCAGGCUAAAGAGAAGCAUGAGAAAGAGGAGAGGAGGAAGGCUGAGAGGAAGGCCAGGGGGGAAGACACCUGGAUGCUUCCGGAUGUUGACCUGCGACUGCAGCAGAUAGGCCAGGAGCAUUCAGUGAAAAACAAGAAAAAGAAAAAAGAAAAGAAAGCAAAAAAGAGUAAGAAAGAGAAGAAGAAGAAAGCCAAGAAAGAGAAAAAUGCAGAGGAAGAUGCAUCUUGUGACAGCUCUGAAGACUCAGAGGACGAGUGGGUGGAGGCCCCGUUUUCUUCAGGGGGCGGAGACAAGGCAUGGAAGGCGGAGCAUGAGGCCACACCCACAUCCAGCUCAGCCAGUACUAACCAAAGAGACGAAUGGAUGACCUUUGACUUCCUGGCGAUGAAGACGACCUCCGUGGCGGAGAAACGAGCGCAGAAAGAAGCAGAGAAAGAGGCGGAGAGGGAGAAAGCAAAGUCUAUUGAACAGGCUGGUCUACACAAGUUGGAGUUGAACCCUUACUGGAAGGAUGGAGGAAGUGGUCUGCCCCCAGAGGACACCUCCAGUACUGCGGUUAGAAAAGCUGGAGUGGUGAAUGAUGGAGGGGUGAGCUGGCUCAGGAAGUCGUAUCAGAGGAUGAAAGAGCAGGCCGACAGAGAACAGCGCAGCGUGGAGAGCGUGGUGGCGGAGAGAUACGGGUCCAUGGAAGAAUUCCAGAAGAGAUUGCAAGAGGCGGAAGAGGCUGCAUAUGGAGAGAGAAGAGGAGAGAGGGGUGAGAGAAGAGGAGACCGAAACGAGGGGAGAGAGAGAUGGAGGAGAGACGACAGAGAAGAAGGGAGAGAGAGAUGGAGGAGAGAUGACCGAGAAGAAGGGAGGGAGAGAUGGAGGAGAGACGACAGAGAAGACGGGAGGGAGAGAUGGAGGAGAGAUGACCGAGAAGAAGGGAGGGAGAGAUGGAGGAGAGACGACAGAGAAGAUGGGAGAGAGAGAUGGAGGAGAGGACGACAAGAUGGAUCUCCAAAUGCUGAGACAGAAAGAGAGCGAGACUUUGAGAGGAGUUCUCGAGGCCGUGACGAACGCGAACCGAGAUCCCGGCCGGAUCCAGAUGAGGAUCCGCAGUCUCAGAGACACGGCACUUCCUCUCUGUCCAGCCUCAGGGACAAGUUCCUCAAACCCUCAGAUGCUGAUGAGGAUAUGAGCGGAGGGCCGGGGUUGAGGAGGGGGGGACUGAAGGGCCUUUCAUCCAAUCAGAGUACAGCAUUCAGAAAACCUGUUGAUGAUGAUGGUAAUAGUGGUGUUGUAUCUGCCUGGAGGAAGAGCAGUGCUGUGCAGGACUCAAAAACGACGCCAACCCCACAGAGAGACACAGAGAAGAGCGCCGCCCUGCAGGACGAGAGCAAAACAACAACAGUCAGCAGUUCAGAGAGUGAGGAAGAGGAGGAGGAAGAGAUGAUCCUGACGGAUGAAGAGAUGAAUAAACUGGGAGCCAAACUCGUCAAGGCAGAACUCUUAGGAAACACGGCCCUGGUGGAAAAACUGAAAGCUCAGAUGGAUGCUGCCCGUCGAGCCAAAGAGAGCCGAGCUCAAAGAAAAGAGCAGACCAAACAAGUGUCUGCACCGACAGACUCAGAGAAGGAAGUGGUGCUGUUCAGAACCGACCAUUCGGGACGUGCCUGGCCGGUCAACGCCCCGUCGGAACCGCUGGAGCCUAGAGGAGGACGGAGGAAGCGAAAAGCGAUCGAGACGCAUCAGGACGGAGAGCGUGUGCGCUAUUUUGAGAAUGAUGAUGGUAUGGAUCUGCGAGAGAUGGUCAGACGGGAGAAGAUGAGCUCUGCGGAAGAUCAAAACGCUCUUUAUUCACGCAUGGCCGCCAAGAUGAUGGGCAAGACGGACGGUGAUAACUACACGCUGGAUGACAUGUUUGUGUCGAGUGCAGCACAGAAAGAGAGGUCGGGUCGAGACGAGGAGAGACAGAGGAACAAAGCCGUGCAGGAGACGCGGAGGUUAGCCGGGCAGAUGGAAAAAUGCCGGCACUGUUUCGACAGCCCUGAACUGCCAAAACAUCUCAUCGCAGCCGUCGGAACCAAGGUGUACUUGUGUCUGCCGAACAGUGUGUCUCUGACCGAAGGUCAUUGUUUGAUCGUACCCAUCCAGCAUCACACAGCGGCCACAGGCCUGGACGAGGACAUAUGGAGCGAAAUACAGAUGUUCCGUCGUGCUUUGGUCCGCAUGUUUGAGUCUCAGGAGUUGGACUGCGUGUUUUUGGAGACUCAUAUGAGCCCCAAAAGACACCUGCACAUGGUGUACGAGUGUGUGCCUAUGCCCAAAGAGCUCGGAGAUAUGGCACCCAUUUACUUUAAGAAAGCCAUAAUGGAAUCGGACGAGGAAUGGGCCAUGAAUAAAAAAGUUGUGGAUCUCUCAUCGAAAGACAUCAGACAUGCUGUUCCACGAGGGUUGCCGUACUUCUCGGUGGAUUUCGGCUUGCAGGGCGGCUUUGCUCACGUCAUCGAGAACGAGCAGAAGUUCCCACACUAUUUCGGCAAAGAAAUCCUGGGAGGGAUGCUGGACCUGGAACCGAGACGAUGGCGCAAACCGAUACGUGAGAAUUUCGACGACCAGCGUAAGAAGGUUCUGAAGUUCGCUCAGUGGUGGAAACCGUUUGACUGCACUAAGAGCGAUAGCUAGCCACUCAGAGACGGUGUGGUUUCAUUCUGAACUCUGAUUGGCUGAGCCAUCGCACCUCUAUAAAGACUUAUUCAUGCCUGAAUUUGUAUUUUAGUCUGUAUGUAUGCGUUUAACAGUCUAAUUUGGAUUAUCUGAAGAAAAAUCCUCUGGAGAAACUUCUUGUGUGUUUCAUUCAAAAAAAAAAGAAAAAGAUUUAUUUUGAGACCCUUUUAAGUUUUUUAUUCACAGAAUUUUUUGUUGUUGUUGUUGUUGUAAUUACAUAUCAACACAAGACAUUUUUGUUUUCCUCCAAAACAUAUUAAUUUUUAAUGACUCGUGUGUCUACUGUUGACUCUGAUGAAUGUGUGUACAACUCAGCCUCGUUUUACCUGCUCCUGUGCAGUGGUGAUGUAAAUCCUGCUCAAUUAAACUCAGAAUAAAAUAUUACAAGACUUGCAGCUGCUCA